UCACAUUGACAAUUGAUUGAAUCAAAUAAAGUGAUUAAUUAAACUAUUCAUUCUAUACAGAUAAUAAGAAACAAAAAUGUUAUGCAAUUUACCAUGUCGAAUUGUUUUGAUUGCUAUGAACACUGUCAGUUUGAUUGUCGGACUGGCAUUGCUCAUACUUGGAGCUUUAAUGGUUUGGGGUCAAACUGUGAUUCAAUCACUGCUGAAUAAUUUUAUCACCAAUCUAAUCAGUCAAUAUAUGAAAGGAAGUGAUACUGGACAAAUUAAUGAACUAGUUACAAGAAUACUGACGUCUACUUCUCCAGUUGGUUUGGCCGUGUUUAUACUAGGCUGUGUGUGUGCUGGGAUCUCAUUGUUUGGUUAUUGUGGUGCUUGUUGCAAUAUGAAAAUACUACUUUAUAUAUAUGCAAUGUUAGUCGGCGUUUUGGCGCUUGCUUUUCUCGUCACAUUCAGUGUGUAUUUCUCACGCAAAGAUGAAAUUGGAAGCAAAGUGAUCGACCUAUUCCAGAUGAGCGUGAAUGGUUAUCAGUCAAUGGAAGCAAAUACAUUGGACAGCUUGGUGGUUGGUUUAAUCUCACCCCCACUUCAAUGUUGUGGUGUGAAUGGUGGAGACGAUUUCAAGAGUUCACCUAAUUUCAAGCGCACUGAUACUUAUGGUGGAAAAUCAUAUUCCAACAUUGAAUACCCUGUGCCAUGCUGUAAAAUGAAUGCAAAUUACGCGAUUACCGAUUCUACAUGUCCAAAUACUUUUACUGACGCUAAUAGUAAUGCUAAACAGGGUUGUAAAGAACCACUGAAAGCAUUGUUUCUUCAAUAUAUGGAUUAUGUAGCCUAUGGAUUAAUCGGUGCAUUUGUUGUACUGUUACUUGUUGUUCUAUUCACGUUGUUAACCAUUUGUAUUGAUGUUGUUUGAACACGAAGACGCAGAAAAGAAUAAUAAUAAUUUACAGUUCAAUUGAUAUCAUCAUCAUCAUCAGUUUUCAAAAAAAAAAAACUCUUGUGUAUUAUUAAUCAGUUUAAAAAGAGUGAAAUACUCGACUACAAUUAAUCUUUUUUUGUUAAUUGGUGGAUAUCGGCCUUUUUGAACAAACUAAUCCUUGCCUUCACAUUGUUGGUGUGUGUGUGUGUAUGUAGUGUUGACUGACGGGUUGGUAACUCUUCUUUUCUGAACUUCCAAUCUGUCUUAAAAUAUGACAUAACUUUUUUUUUAUAAGCUAUAAUUAUGAUUCUAUAAUUUAUUGCUGCUGUUAACAAUAUUCCAUAUCAAAUAAUCAAUCAACCAAUGAAUAAUGAUGCAUCAUUGUACUCUAUCUCAAUUGGUGUGUGUGUAUGUGAAGGUCACUUACUACUUAUUGUUGUUUUGAUUGGUUGGUUGUUAUUAUUACUUUUUUUUUACUAUCAACAUUCAUGCUACCACUUGAAUAGCCACUCUGUAUACUCUUUUUGUUUUGAUCAUAUUUCCGAUAGUAAGGAGUGUGAUUUGUUGGAUUACUACUAUUAUUAUUAUUAUUAUUAUUAUUAUUACGACUACAUGCGUUGUAUUUCUCAUUGUUUACACUAAAAUAAAGUUUAUAUUGUAUUCAA